CUUUUUACGUAAAAGUGACAAUCUAUCAUUAUUGUCGUUCCCAGGCUUACGCUUUUUAGUGCUCGACGAUUCCUUUGUCUUUAGUCUCGAAGGUGGUGAUGUAGAGCGCUUCCUCUUGCCCAUCUUGAAAGCAAAAGUCAAGAAGAACUUGGAGUGAGGCUAUGCAGCCACAAGCGUGGGAAUUAAUAUUUCUCCUUUAAUAUUUCCGUUCACCCUUCGUCAGCAAAAAUGUCAGCUCCAAAAAUACUCAUUCAAAUUGUCAUUGUUGGGGGCCGCAUAUUCGGCAAAGCACUUCUGGAAGCUGGACGUCAAGCGAUUAAAAAUGCAAAAUACCGACCGGCAGAAGUGAACCAAGCUACUGGCAUAGGGAAUGCUACUUCAGGCUCGAUUACUGACACUUUAUCCCGAGACCAUCGAAUGACAUUAGAUGAAGCACACCUCAUCCUGAAUCUUAAGAAGGGGGAGAGUAUGGAGAAGGUUUUACAGAAUUACGAACAUCUAUUCAAAGCAAACUCAGCACCACAGAUCGACCCCCCUCCAUCAAAGAACACUCCCCUUGUACACUCACACUACCUCCAAUCCAAAGUUGUACGUGCGAAAGAGCGAUUAGAAGCGGAGUACAAGCUUGCGUUGGAGGAACGGGCUGCGGACUCUCCACCGUCGACAACAUCGACAUCGACAUCGCAACCACCGUCAUAAGUAGCCGCGACUUGAGCCUUUUCGCAGCACCACCUGAGUCCCUUGGUCAUUCUGUAGGACUGACUGCUGGGGCGAGAUGCAAUAGAGAGCCAUCUGCACACAUACAUUCAUAUGUAUUUUCUAAUAUCCCAGUUAUCGCCAUCUUCAUACACUGCAGUCACCUGGGAGAGGCGUUUGGAAGCUUGAGACUUAAUGGUCGCACGACUAAAACGACUCUAAUAAUUUGCGAUCGGUCUUCGAAAGCAAUAACCGAUAUUGGGUGUGCGAAAAUGGAACAACUACGCAGAAAGCACGGGUUGGAAGAUCCAUGGUGCAGGAAUACGCGCAGAGGAGGCGUCAAGAUUUCUUCCGUUUGUUCCACUGAUGGCCUUGUGUGCGUACGGAAUUGCACUGCAAUAUUGUAGUCGGUUAGAACCUGGGUGUAUAUAACCAGUGUGCCUUGUCUUUGCAUCUUCUAGACUCCAGACAGUGCACACAAGCUCCGUAAAAGUG